AUGCCCCCCUGGGGAAGACCACCACCGGGGCGACGGGAACGAGAGCGAUGGGAGCGCGAACGCCUCUUGUACGAGGAUGCCUUACGCUUUCAGGAACUGGAUAGCGAAGACGAAAAUGCUGUAUUUGGCAACCACGGCGUUCCUGCGAGUGUGUUUAAGCAAAGCAACAGGUCUGUUUCUGAUGAGUUAUUUUUUAAUGACGGGGCCUUCAGGCUCUCGAACACAUCUUAUUCUGAUGAGCAUUUGGCGUAUGGAGAGCGGUACGAAAGCCCAGGGGAAGACAGUGAGGAGGACGGGGACGGUGGGAGACGGCCGUCAAGUUCGCUUGUGCGGCGCGAUUCUGAUCAACUGAUUGCACAAAGAGCUUUGGAUCGUAUAGACAGGGCCAAGGCAAAAGGCAAGGGAUCUGUUAAUCUUACACAUGAAGAGAUCGAAGCACUUGAAAAGAGAUACGCGCGGCCAUCGAGCGAUUCCCCUGACCGUGCAAGACGAGGCUCUAGCGACAAGGCUAGCAAAGGGAGAAGCCCUAGCAGCAACAAUAGAGCUUGGACUCGGAAGCGCAAUUCGCGACGAGCAAGUUUAAUUGCGCCCUCCACAGCCCUAGCACCUGCCAAAUCGAGAACAAAAGAACCCAAGAAAAAGCAAACUGUGGACCCGGACGAUUCCUAUUCCGCGGGACGACAGAUGCCACCUGGUUUCAUGACGAUGGGUCCUGGUGGCGUGCCCGUGUAUACACCGGUGGCAUAUUACCAUCCGCCCUCAGGACGUCAUACAGCCUCCGACAAUGCACGGUAUUCGCCACCAGGCUCAGGCGAUAGCUCAAGAUCAACAAGUGCCAGUAGUCGACGUGGUCAGCCUGUUUACGAAGGUCCACCGUAUCCCUCGCGAGCCAAUUCUGGUGGUCGUCCGUCGUCGAUGCACCAGGAGUAUGAAUACUACCCACAUGUGUACGGUCAGUAUCAAGCGUAUCCUCCACCGGAUGGCAGGCGCGUUGCUUCGGGCCCUCCCAACGUCGCCUACUCGAACGUCUAUCGUCGCGCUCCUGUCACGGCCUCUGGCCGCGGUCGCAUGCAUCCCAGCGGCUCUGAUCUGUCUUCGCAGUAUUCUGAUCGUGGGCCAAGCGGGCUGGGGAAUGAAUACGACCCCAGCAGCGCGACCAGCGACGAUGACGAGGAUGAAUCCGAAGACGAACUUUCAAGAGACCCAACAUAUGUGGAUGAGCGAAGGCGACCUACUGCUUCGACCACCGCUGCUCCUGUCUCCAGGGCUCGGCGGAGAAGAUGA